CCUCGGCGCGUCUUUUUGAUACUCAAAAGACUUAUUAAUUGCACCGCAUCAUUUUUACAUUUUCGACGUCUCUUCUAUCGGAUAGCCAAAACCCUAAUUGAGAUUGAAUUUGAAGAGCUUUCGCCGCCGCUGUUGCAAUUAGCAAGGUAUCUCUUUUCUUUGGGCAUCGAUGGCUUGAUCACUAUCUCUCUUUCGGUCGAAAACAGACAAUAGUACUCUGCAAUGGAUGGAACAGCAAAAAGAGGGCAACUUUGAAACUUAUCCACUCUGUUUCUGAGCCUAGUUGUUGAAAAUUUCGUGCUUUGUUCAUUCUGUGGUUUAGGGGUUUUGGAGUAAUAAUGGAUAGAAUCAGCUCUUUACCGGAUGAGGUUCUUGAGCACAUCUUAUCAUUUCUCUCCACAAAAGAGGCUGCUUUAACGUCAUCACUCUCUACGAGGUGGAGGGAUGUGUUUGUUUUUGUUCCCAGUCUUGACCUUGUUUAUGCUAGACAAGACCGCCGUGAAAAUCCCAGACAAUUCAUUGAUUUUGUGGUGACUUUGUUCAAUCGGAAAGCCAAGUCUCCUAUAAAGAAGCUCGCUUUAAAGAUUCAUCUCGAUGAUGAUCAAUACGUCCUAGACAAAACUCGUAUUCAGAGCUGGAUACGCAAUGUGCUUGCGCGUGGUGGUGUUACGGAUCUUGAUCUCUUCAUCACUUUCAGAGGAAAAUUUCAACUUGUGCCUUUGUUGAUCUUCACGAGUAACACACUGGUUAAGCUGAGACUAGGACGUGGUUUUACAAUCAACCUUUCUCAUGAGAACGUUUAUCUUCCUAUGCUUAAGACUUUAUGUCUUGAUACUGUUGAUUUUGAUGGAGAUCAUAAUGUCUUUGAAACUCUUCUGCCUCGUUGCCCUCUGCUUGAAGAACUGGUUCUUGAGGAUCAGCGAUGGAAACAAAAACAAUGGUGUGGUUCUGUUUCUUCUCCUUCUCUAAAGAGACUACGCAUCCGGUUCUAUAAUAUCCCCAUCAUUUCGCUUGAUGUUCCCAGUCUCGUCUACUUGGAACAUUCGUGCAUAUUUGGGAGCAAGUAUGCAAAUGUUAACUUGGAUUCCCUCGUUGAAGCUAGAAUCAAUCUUUGGGUGGAGGACAAACCAUUACGGAGACUAAGGGAUGGAUCUGCUCAUUUAGUUCCUGCUGACAUGAUGGAUCUCAUCACUGGUAUCAAAAAUGUUAAGGUCCUUCACUUAACUAGUGAUGCUCUUGAGCUGUUUUACUUCUCCGGUCAAGAUUUACCCAUGUUCGACAACCUUGUUUAUCUAUCUAUCGCGAGUGACAAAAAGCAAGGAUGGCAAAUUCUGCCACUUCUGAUCAAGAACUCUCCAAAUCUUGAAACACUCGUCUUCAAGGGUCUAGAGCACUACGUAACUACAAACUGUGGGGAUGCAUGUGUUUGCUCUGGCUAUAUGGAGAAGAUCCCGUCUUGCCUGUCAUCAUCUCCUGUGAAGGUGCUGGAGAUAUCUCUCUAUCAAGGAACUUCAAGAGAGCUGAACCAACUAAGGUAUUUCCUAAUGAAGCUACCAUUUCUUGAGCUGGUGAAAAUUCGUGCUGCAAACAACAUCCAAGUGCCCAUCGAUGUACAGUAUCUUUUGAAGCUUCCAAGAGCUUCUUCAAACUGCAAGAUCCAAGCCAUAUUUUAACUGAAGAAAAAAACAAAAGACUGUUGAGUAGUACUUAUGGUUUUGCUAAUUCCUUUUGAAUUACUGUUGACUGUGAAGUCUUUGUAUUUGGUUUAUGACAAAACCUUCACUGUGUGGUUGUCAUUGUCUAGUAUUCUUCUAUGGAAACCUUCUCAUGCCAAGAGAGUCAUUUAAACG